UUCUAAAAAUGCAUUAAGUAGUAGUAGAAUCGCCAAUAAUAUUUUCAGUAACCAAGUAUCAGUAUUGGCAUUUAAACACUUGACUCGGAAGAAUAAAGAAUCAUUUUUAUGAUAAACUGUCCAAACAAACUCCGGCAACUUAUCUCAUACUGAAGAUAACCAUUAAGAAAAAUAAUAAUUAAAAAUGAAGAUAAGUGCAGCGAUAAUACUGUCAUUGGGCAUUUUUUCAAUAAGAUUUCAUAGCACAAUGAGCAGCAGUUGGGAACGCAUUCGUUUACGCGUCGAAACAAAAGAGAGCUUUGAGCCGGUUGCCAGUAAUAAUGUGAGCGCUAAUGUAUCCACCAUAUCCGCACAUAUACUCGACACCACAGUGGGUCAAGCGGCGCAGAAUGUCAACAUUACCAUUUACCGCCUCGAAGGGGCAGAUCAUUGGCAAAAACUAAACGAAGAAAGAACAAAUCAAGAUGGACGUGUAAGCCAAUUAGUGAGUGCGUCGCAGUACAAAGCUGGCAUCUAUAAGUUACAUUUCGAUGUGGAAGCAUAUCAUGCAGAGCGUGGAGUUAAAAGUUUUUAUCCUUUUAUAGAGAUUGUUGUGAAGUGUGAACAGGAUCAGCAUUAUCAUAUUCCCUUACUAUUAAAUCCGUUCGGUUACACAACCUAUAGGGGUACUUGAUUUAAUGAUGGGCAGUUUAAUAUUGACACACACACGCACACGCAUACAUGCAUAGGUAUAAUAUUUUCCAAUAAAGGCAUUUGCAUUUUUU